AUCUGACAGUGAUUGGCUUGACUCGUCCCACUUGGAGUGGCAUCUGAUCAUAAAGCAACUCGUGCAAUUACCAAUCUUGCUCGCAGGCAAUGUAAUUGAGCUCGGCGGCCAACUUCGAGAACCACAAAGCCUCCUCAUUAUCUUCCAAGAGUAUCAGCGCAGUGCAGUGCAUCCUGUCUCUCAACGAGCAGCAAAAGCAGAUGAGAGGCUUCCGUAAUUCUGCAUCACUAUUUAAAUCUGCACAAGUCGAUGGCGGCAUCUCCUGUCUGAUUUUUAUGCAUCUGGCACGUCACUGAGAGCGCUCAGCAUCGUUCAAUGCAUCGUCCGUCACAGACGCCCGGAACAGAUGACAGUGGAUUGUUCUCUUGGGCAAAAAUCUCCCGUCGUCGAUGGCUGUGCGUGCCAUCCGGACCGAUGGCCUCGCAGGAAAAGUCAUUCGCUUGAUCUCGACCUCCUGAUGGGCUGCUCUCUGGUUCACUUAGAUUGAGAGUUCGGUCGCUCGCCUCAAGCAUAGCGUCGCAGAUCACGCUGUAACCCGACCAGCCUGGAUAACUUGAAAGUUCGGGGUCCUGCAUGUGCUUGCUGUUCGGAGAUGAAGGAACAAACAUUCUGUCUCCGCUUAUCCGUGCAUGGGUCAAUCGACACCGUCCGGUAUUCGAUUGAUAGUGAUGGCGGACAGCCUAGCUCUGCGCCCACAACACAAACAUGACACCACGGGUCCCGACUCUCCCCGGUCUUCUAGGUCUGGCCCGUGCGCUCUGUUCCUCGCCCAUCCACAGUCAGUCGCCUUCACGCUUCUCGACGCUAGCAGUUCACACUCUAAUUCUCGUGUGUUUCCCGUCGACGUCAUAACAGUCCAUGUCCAUCAGAGACUGUAGAAGUGCUGGCACCAAGGACAACGAUGAGAAAGUUCACGUCUUCCUUGGCUGGAUGGCGACUGCACGUGAGCCUCGGUGCGGACAUUUCAAUGGCCGGCGUUGAUUAUCAACUGCUGCUCGUCGCACUGUUGCUGGGACCCCAGAGCAGACGCAAUAGAAUUGAUCAAGUGAAGUGCCCUAUCAUCUUGACAUUGGCCGACGCAGAAUGAGAGAGAAAUUCGCCGGACAUCGUGAAGGAUAUUGAGUGCGUUCUGCGCGGGCCAGCUUUGGUGCCCCACGAUACUGUAGGGCCGAAAUGACGUACACAGCGCGUGUGCACUUACGCUGUAUGCACGGGCAUUGGUCCGUCCGGGGACAGAGAAGCCUGCACGGGGUCGACGGUAAUGAAUGCAUGCGGUCGUCGGCCUGCAUGGGUCUCGAUCGACGACCGGUUGCAAGCAUGAGCGAGACUAGAACAUGGGAGCAGUCCAAGCACAUGCGGACGCUGGCCCUGACCUUGUCAAGGUCUCUAGCUCGACGCACGACACGAGGGAGAACCCAGAAAUCUGAAAGAAGGCGGAGGCCGAAAGAGCGGACGAAGUGAUAGCCUUAGAUGCCGUGGUUUGCGGAUGAGCUUCCACAGGACAAACUGACAGCGAUGGACGGGGCUGGUGGGUGAGACACCAGGCUCGGAGGCCCGUGGUACCUGGGAGAGCUACUUAUCGCAGCCGGAUCAAAGACCCCGGACACUGGGCUCGUUUGCUUGCUAAAUUGUUUGGGCAAGAAACUAAAUCAUUUUGGUCCUUCCAAGGCUGCCCUCUCGCGCAUUCUGCUUGCGCCCUCCCUCCUGCCUCCUCUGCUGCCGUUCCCAUCCCGUCCGACAUCCGCAUCUCAUCUGUCUCUUAAAACGGCAGUCUCUAUGAUGCCAGAGGACAGUUGUUCGUCAGCGGCGACUACUUCUCCAGUAGCUCCGCGGCCCAAGCCUCCAAAAACAUCCUCCGCUGGUUCUGUCCGAGGACGAACCUCUCCCGGCCCCGACUCAUCCGACGCUUCCCGUCCCACCAAGCGCGCACGCAAAGCCAUCAACUGUGAGCCCUGUCGGAACAGCAAGCUCAAAUGCGACCGAAACCGCCCGUGUUCAUCGUGUGUGCUGAGAGGAACCGCUACAUCCUGUUAUCAGGACGGCCGGGGCCCUGAACCUGGGGAAUACGGCCCCCGCGGAGAUGAUGGUGCUCAACGCGUUGAUCCUGCCCAGGAAUUCGCCCGACUGAGACAGUCCAUAUCGCUCCUCGAAGCCUACGUGUUUCCGUCGCGUCCAUAUGCCAAUAAUCGGCGACCUCCCGAGUCACCUGGCUCCGUCGUCCUCAAGAAGGAGCCAGUGGACAUGGACAUGUCAGAGAGGGCCACACCGACGAGCGUGACCCCAGGGAUGCUCGGUUCUCGCGAGAAGGGUGGGUUAUAUACAGGAGUCACAGCGACGACAUCACAUCUACUCCUGUCCAACCCUGACGCUCGUAGCUCUGAAGAAUCGGACCCAGAUCGACCCGCGACCUUCAGCCGACCGUCGCCGCCGCCACCGCUAACCAGCUCAAACGAAUACGACCGCGACCUUCUCGCUUUGCUCCCUUCCAUCGAAGCGAUCGAUGGGUUGAUCGCGUAUUACUUCGAAUUCUGCAACUGGAUCUACAGGCAUGUGAACCAACACGUCUUCCUCACGCACUGGGAGAGGUACAAGAGCGGGACUUCUGCGGACCGCGUUAUCCUUAGCACGGCAUGCGUCAUCAUGGCUCUAGCCACGUACUACCUUCCUCCUCAGCACCGGCUAUUGGAGCAUGCCCUGGAGCAGGCGCAAAGCCAGGGCGAACCUAUACCCCAUGAGCAACUGGGGCUGAGAUACUUCGAUGUGUCUACGACGGCCCUGCAGCGGAGGAUGAGCGACGAUCGCUCGUACUCGCUGGAGUUGAUCGAGCUGUUGUUGAUUCGGUGUCAUUACAUGACCACGACCAAGCGUGAUGGGGAGGAGAUUUGGCAUGCCAAGGGCGAAAUCGUCACUAUCGGGACUGCGAUGGGCCUGCACCGAGAUCCAGGGCGAUGGAGGAUGCACCGGGAUAUCGCCGAACGCCGACGUUGGGCAUGGUGGCACAUUGUGCUUUUGGAACGAUGGCAGGCAUUCAUGUUUGGCCGUCCGAUAUCCAUCUCCUCCCAUCAUUUCGAUACUCAACUGCCCUCGUAUUGCGACCCAUCGCUAGACAAGAGCGGGCGCCUGUACUUGCCCAACAUCGCUUUGUUCCGACUCGCGUUCAUCCUCGGCGAUAUUAUGGACGAUGCUGUUUCCGUUCGACCUGUCCCGUACAACAGCAUUCUUGCGAAUGAUCGGGCGCUGGCUUCAUGGAUGGAAACACUUCCCCACGAGCUUGAUCUAGAUGAAUACCGUUUGGCACGAAAUCUGGCAUCGCUGAACCUGGCAACCCGACGGCUCGGCGUGCAAAGCGUUGUCGUCAGGACAUCGUACUUCCACAUCCGAUUUACGCUGCACCGGCAGUUUGCGAGCGCUGCGGCGAAGCCAGGGACUGGAUUGGGACAUGUGUCGCCCGAACAGUGUGCCCAGAGCCUAGAGAUCGCGGUCACCGCAGCGGACCAACUGAUCACCAUGACGAGCCAGGCGCGGCCCGACUUCCUCGCACCUGGCACUUCGACGAGCCCGGGCGCCAACGCGAGUGCGGGUCUUGCUGUGCCGGGACACAUGAACUGGGGCCCGUUCCACUGUUUCUCUGCUGCCAUGUUCUUCUCGUUCCAGUUGAUUGCGAACCCUGAGCAGGCCGGCGCCUCGUUUUUCCGAAAUAGUGUCCGGAAAGCCAUGUCGACUCUCGAGCUCCAUCGGGGCGCUGGGGUUGCCGAACGGGGACUGGAUGUGCUCAACAGUCUGGCCCCACUCUACGACCCGGACUUCCGGACACUGAGUGGCUCUGACCGGGAGCGGGAAAAGGCGCGGAUCUUGGGUGUUGUGCGGCGGCUUGCGUUCCCGUACCACGACAAGCAGGAACGGAAAGUGUUUGGCGAGAGCCCGCGAGCUAUGGCGAUGGGCGGGCCGGGGCACGGCCAUGGCAUGAGCUCGCCGGCGAAUUCCACCUCGGUCAGUCCGCCGCUGGGCCUCGUUUCGGCACUGCCCAGCGCGCACUACGGGGACAGCGGAGGGCUCCAGAAUCUGUCCUCGGUCAGAAACACGGGCCCCAGCGCAUCGGCAUCCGCGCUGUACCCGCAGUCCGCCGCGGACAUGCGCUCGCCGCCGGCCGUGAUGUCACCCAACAAUCUCGCGCACCAUCCCCACCACCACCCGCAGCACAACAGCCAUGCGUAUUCCGACCAGCCCCGAUACCAGCUUCCGCCGCCCGCGCAGCCGCCGGCUUAUGGCGGUCCCGGCGAUAUGUCCCGGUACGCCACUGGUGGCUAUGCGCAGCACGGGGUGGACGACGAGACGGUCUGGGGUGCCGCGAUGGGCUUCAACCAUGGCGAAUGGACGCAGUUCCUGGACGUCCUGAGACCGGAGCAGGCGCCGGGGCGAUGAAGCGGGACCUGGUGAAUAUCCUGGAUACUCGCCUGUUUCGUCCUGUUUUCUUUCUUGUGUCCCAUUGCCCAUUCGGAUGCGGUUUUGUAGUCUAGUGUUGGAUAUUUUUGUCCUUGCUGUCUUGUUUUCAUUUGUAGCUGUGUAGACCACUUAUUCAUAACACCGUGUACUGUAGAUAUCUUACGGAUCCCAUUUGAAUGUUCCACGUUAGUCUGAUGUCGUAUUCUGUGUUUGAAAUAGAAACAAUGGCAACUCA